GUCUCUUCGUCUUGGAGAUCAAUAUUGACGCUUCAAUGUGUAUGCGUGUAUCUCCCGCUGAUUCAGGAAAUAGUGGUAUACUCUUCGUGGGCUUCAAUCAGGAUUAUGGUUGUUUCGCUGUGGGAAUGCAAAAUGGAUUUCGGAUUUUCAACGCAGACCCGCUGAAACAGUUGGAACGUUACGAAUUCGAUGUCCGCGACGGCACAGGCGUGGGCUAUCUGGAAAUGCUAUUUCGAACCAACCUCCUCGGGGUUCUUGGUGGUGGACACCACGCGCGGUUACCCAGCAACGUCGCGUGCCUUUGGGAUGGUUUGAAACAACAGUUUCUACUGGAAAUUGCAUGCUCUUCAGACGUCAAAGCUAUUCGCCUCAGACGAGAUCGCAUCGUCAUCGUUUUGUCGGAAGCUGUGAAGGUGUAUACUUUUGGCCCUUCCCCACAACUUGUAUACGAAUCAAACACGUGCUCCAAUCCUCUAGGCUUGUGUCACAUAUGUCAUGCAGUGGAUAAUCCGCUGAUUGCAGUUCCUGGUCGGAGACCUGGCACAGUCCUCCUGGUUAGUGUGGGAAACGUGGAUGGUACACCAGUGACCCCCUCUUCAACCACCACCAGUCCUACUUCUACCGGAGCAAAAAACAUGCCCCCAAGAGAAAUAGCGGCCCACGAAAACGCGCUGGCUGCACUAGAGAUGAACUUCCCGGGUACUCUUCUGGCUACUGCGUCUCAGAAAGGUACUCUCGUUCGUGUGUUCGCCACAAAGGAUUGUCAGUUACUACACGAACUCCGUCGGGGCAUCAAUCCAGCGACGAUUACUUCUAUCUCUUUCAAUCACACUGGAGAUUUAUUGUGUGUUGCAAGUGAACGAGGUACAGCGCAUAUUUUUAGCCUGUGGAAGGAUAAUGCAUCCGAUCGCAAACGUCGAAGUCAUUCAUCCAAUUCUAGUUGCCGAAAUAGCGGGACCAAUGGAUCUGGGCAAGAAGUGUUCACAAACUACUUUGCAAAUGUCAGCCAAAUCCGCUGUGUCCUGGACACCAAGUUCAAGGCGAUUUGUGCUUUCAGUAUGAUGAAUCCCAACACACUCAUCGUUUUGGCCGCUGAUGGAUCCUACUACAAAUACAGUUUCACUCGAAACGGAUCUGUCACGAAAGUGUCGUUCGUCAAUUUCCUAGAUUUCUACGACGACGAGGCCGACUUUUGAUUGCCCUCCGCUCACUCACUCUCUCCCACGAACCCACUCAGUCAAUCGCUCCGUAUUUUGUGUUUGGCGGUAUUUCCGCGACGUGUUUUCAUGAUUUGUCCACAUGUUGCUUGUCCUAUUCUGUUUUUUUCGCGUUCUCUAUUACUUUAAUUUUAUAUUGUCUGCCUGAACAAGUUGAAAUACGUUUUCUAGAUUACAGUCUUUUUG